UUCCGCUCAUGAAUACAACUCCCUUUGACACGUCAUGUCUAUUUUUAUGCAGAUGACUUAGGAACCCCCCGAGUGCAUCCCGGGUAGUGCCGGUACAUAUCUCAGCUAAAUAACUUCUAACUUUGAAAUUAUGGAAAGUAAUUCGUCUAUAGCAAUAACAGAUUUUUCUGAAAAUUUACUCGAUAAAACAAUUUAUUUCAAAAUCAUUAAACUUGAUGAUAGUUUCUUUGCAUGGGUUGGUUGUAAUCCAAUUUUAUCAAACAUGGCUGUAGCGAUGCCGGCAAAAUAUGUAAGUAGGUCACGAUGUCAGUUUACUGUAAUAAUCGGAAAAUGUAACAAUCAGAUUUGUACAUCUGUAUCGGGGUUAAAUUACAGUACGCCUACAUCUUGUUGUCUGUAGUUUUGUCGUUCAUAUAAUUAGGAAAUGGGUUGCAUGGAGAUCCCCAUUUUUAAUGGAAUUAAAAUGCAUGGUAACAUUUUUUAAAGAAUUGGUAUGUGUAAUCAAAUACCGGUAUUCGUAUUGUUUAUACGUGACAGUAAGCUCACUAAGUUCCUGACGUGUAUUGAGUAAGGCCCGGCAGUGCGGAGCGGCUGGAGGGUGGGUGGGGGAAGGGGAUGUUGUGUGUAUGCCUUGAAAUUAAAGCUAAAGCACAAGGAAUACUUAUCUAAUAAAUAUGGGUCUGUGUUUGUUAGUUAUAAUAAUAAAACAUUUAAGUUUAAGCAUUUUGCUAAAUUGUCUAUUCAUAUUUUAAUUACCAAUAUUGGCAAUAUCAUUUAAAGUAUUAAGUAUUAGUAUUAUGAAUAAUAAUAAUGUUACAAACUAUGGAUAAUCUUUAAAUAUUUAACUUUGAAAAUUGAAAAUAAUUAUUGUAAACAUAUUUGAAUUUGUCGUUUUUAGAAAUUACCCAAUUUUCCUCAUUUAUUAUUAUUAUGCUUGUUUGACGAAAGCGGUGCAAAGAUUAACCUUAUCAAACAGCUUACUGGUACGGUACAAAUCUGUUAUUUGUCGACGAGUUAAUAGCGUGCCACACUUUUUAACGAUUUUACAUUAGGUUCAAGGACUAUAUUUUCUUAAAACACGGGACCUCCCAUCUAUCAAUAGACUGUAAAAUUACACUAUAAACUCUUAGCGACGACGACUUGUGGGAAGCAUUAAAACAUAUAUUAUAAUAUAUUCGAAUCAUGAAGCAAAACUAUCGCUGACAUUUCUUUCUUUCUAAUGCCUACUAAUGGCUUUCUUAGCUUCAUUUUAUUGGCAAUGCAUGUGUCUGAAAUAUAUGCAUGUCUAGGGUUAAAAAGUUCUGGAAAAGUAAUCAUUAGAAAUGGAGACAAAUCAGGAUGAAAAGGUCACAGAAUGUAAACAGUCGCCUUGGUUGUUAACCGGUUUUUCUCGAUGCAAUGGUGCCAGCGGCGAGCAUACAAGCAGCGAGCUGACCAAUCAAGUUCAAGCGGCGAGCAUACAAGCAGCGAGCUGACCAAUCAAGUUCAAGCGGCGAGCAUACAAGCAGCGAGCUGACCAAUCAAGUUCAAGCGGCGAGCAUACAAGCAGCGAGCUGACCAAUCAAGUUCAAGCGGCGAGCAUACACCCACUGACCAAACAAGCCCCGAGGCUCACGGUCAUACCAGCAUCAGGUCGUAGGACCGGCAGUUCAUUAGUUCACACAUUAUCACGUGACCACCGUGGUCACCGGAUGGGUUUCAUUAACGUCAUGAUGGUAUGAUGGCCAGGGUGAUGUCAUGAUGGUAUGAUGGCCAGGGUGAUGUCAUUAUGGUAUGAUGGCCAGGGUGAUGUCAUUAUGGUAUGAUGGCCAGGGUGAUGUCAUUAUGGUAUGAUGGCCAGGGGGUGUCAUGAUGUUAUGAUGGCCAGGGUGAUGGAUUCUGGAGAUGAUUCUGUGGCUUUUCAUGUUACUAAUGACGUAAGAAAACAAUGUGUUCUAGCCCCAACUAUUUUUAGCAUGGUAUUCCCAGUUAUGCUGACUAAUGCUUGUCACAAUCGUUUGUGUAUGUACGACGGCAUGUGAACCUCGAUAAAACACAAGUGCAGGAAGUAGCCUACAGCAGAUGGGCGGCUAGGUCUUAUGGUACAGGAAGUAGCCUACAGCAGAUGAUCAGCUAUGUCGGAUGGUACAGGAAGUAGCCUAUAGCAGAUGGUCAGCUAGGUCUUAUAGUACAGAAAGUAGCCUACAGCAGAUGGUCAGCUAGGUCUUAAGGUACACCAAGUAGCCCACAGCAGAUGGUCAGAUAUGUCUUAUGGUACAGGAAGUAGCCUAUAGCAGAUGGCCAGCUAGGUCUUAUGGUACAGGAAGUAGCCUAUAGAAGAUGGUCAGCACGUUCUUAUGGUACAUCAAGUAGCCUAUAGCAGAUGGCCAGCUAGGUCUUAUGGUACAGGAAGUAGCCUAUAGCAGAUGGUCAGCUAGGUCUUAUGGUACAGGACGUAGCCUAUAGAAGAUGGUCAGCACGUUCUUAUGGUACAUCAAGUAGCCUAUAGCAGAUGGCCAGCUAGGUCUUAUGGUACAGGAAGUAGCCUACAGCAGAUGGUCAGCUAGGUCUUAUGGUACAGGAAGUACCCUACAACAGAUGGUCAGCUAGGUCUUAUGGUACAGGAAGUAGCAUAUAGCAGAUGGUCAGCUAGGUCUUGUGGUACAGGAAGUAGCCUAUAGAAGAUGAUCAGCUAGGUCUUAUGGUACAUCAAGUAGCCUACAGCAGAUGGUCAGCUAGGUCUUAUGGUACAUGAAGUAAGCUAUAGCAGAUGGUUAGCUAGGUCUUAUAGUACAGGAAGUAGCCACAGCAGAUGGUCAGCUAGGUCCUGUGGUACAGGAAAUAGCCCACGGCAGAUGGUCAGCUAGGUCUUAUGGUACAGGAAGUAGCAUACAACAGAUGGUCAGCUAGUUCUUAUGGUACAUCGAGUAGCCUACAGCAGAUGGUCAACUAGGUCUUUUGGAACAGGAAGUAGCCUACAACAGAUGGUCAGCUAGGUCUUAUGGUACAGGAAGUAGCCUAUAGCAGAUGAUCAGCAAGAUCUUAUGGUACAGGAAGUUGCCCACAGCAGAUGUUCAGCUAGGUCUUAUGGUACAGGAAGUAGCCCAAAGCAGAUGGUGAGCUAGGUCUUAUGGCACAUCAAGUAGUCUAUAGCAGAUGGUCAGCUAGGUCUUAUGGUACAGGAAGUAGCCUACAGCAGAUGGUCAGCUAUGUCUUAUGGUACAGGAAGUAGCCUAUAGCAGAUGGCCAGCUAGGUCUUAUGGUACAGGAAGUAGCCUACAGCAGAUGGUCAGCUAGGUCUUAUGGUACAGGAAGUAGCCCACAGCAGAUGGUUAGCUAUGUCUUAUGGUACAGGAAGUAGCCUAUAGCAGAUGACCAGGUAGGUCUUAUGGUACAGGAAGUAGCCUAUAGAGGAUGGUCAGCACGUUCUUAUGGUACAUCAAGUAGCCUAUAGCAGAUGGCCAGCUAGGUCUUAUGGUACAGGAAGUAGCCUAUAGCAGAUGGUCAGCUAGGUCUUAUGGUACAGGAAGUAGCCUACAGCAGAUUGUAGCUAUAGGUCUUAAAGAAUAAAAAUAGAAGAUAAAACCAUGUACCUUAAAACUUCUUUAACAUUGGAUCAAAGUUCAAGUUGUUUUCAACCUCCCUUAACCCGACCCCUCCCACAAAACAACAUCAACAAACAAACAAACCCACAAACAUUCGCGACACACUUUAGUUAUGAAAUGAUUAACAUGUUGGUUUUUUUUUCCCCACAGGGCUCAAUACCCACCAGCAGUGUCCUGUUUGGUUCAAAGUCAGAGCAGACGUCAUCCACACUGGCACAGAAACUCGGUAGGGACGCACUUUUCAAUUACACCAAUGCAAUAAAGCAUUAAAUCAAGUUGAUACUGAUUAAGUUAAAAUUUGUGCCAACUCUCAUUUUUAGUUUCUAUAUUAUGGUGGUUGAGUCAUAAACAGUCUGUUCAUUAUGGUGGUUCUCCUGGGACGGUCUAAUGGAGGUCCUCCUGGGAAGGUCUAAUGGAGGUCCUCCUGGGACGGUCUAAUGGAGGUCCUCCUGGGACGGUCUAAUGGAGGUCCUCCUGGGACGGUCUAAUGGAGGUCCUCCUGGGACGGUCUAAUGGAGGUCCUCCUGGGACGGUCUAAUGGAGGUCCCCUGGGAUGGUCUAAUGGAGGUCCUCCUGGGACGGUCUAAUGGAGGUCCUCCUGGGACGGUCUAAUAAAUGUCCUCCUUUGACGUUCUAAGGGAGGUCCCCCUGGGAUGGUCUAAUGAAGGUCCUCCUGGGAUGGUCUAAUGUAGGUCUUCCUGACACUCACUAGGAAGUAGUAACCCUUGUACAUACUGCACACUCAAUCUUAGAUGUAUAAUUAAAACUGUAGUUCGGUUCUCACUAAGUGUUUAGUGAUGCCCUGUCGAAUACCUUUGUUUUUCAAAUGGCCAUUGGGGGGGGGGGGGGGGGGGGGGGGGCUUAGCUAACCACUGCCAGCGCUCAACAAGUUCUGGAAAAACAAAUGUGGGAAAUCCCCUAAGAUCCCCCUCUUGAAAUAAAUAUGUAUUUUUAUCCUUAAAAAUGGAUUCGAACGCCUUUGACUACCAUUCAUGCAAGACUCGCGCUGUGACCUCUGCCAGAAAAGGGAGAUGUUGAGCCUAGAGACAGUAUUGCCCCCCUGGCCCCAAGAUUAGCCAAAGUUGCAAGACCUAUUCGCGUCACUAUUUUGAGACAUGACCGUGACACAUUGGCUUGAUCAACUCCAUUACUGUCUACUAACUUUGACUCCAUUGUAGUGAAUUAAGCAAGAGUUGGAAAAUAUUUACGUGAAUAGGGCUCUGGAGUCGGAUUUUUAAAAAAGAUAAACUAUUUACAAUCUCACGAAUGAAGUAGGCUGUUCAGUAACUAUUGGUGUAUAAUUUAAUUAUGUUUAUUUUUCAAAGUUUCAGUGAGACUUCAUCUAUUUUCCCUAAAAGGUUUUAUUGGGAAGCAAAGGAAUGCAUCUCUUUACACAGUGCCGUCGCGUAGAGUCUUCAACCCCGGGCUGAAAAGGGGUGUGUGGGGGGGGGGUAGGGCUGCAGGGGGAUGGGGGCUGGAAUAUAUAAGAUGUGAUUAGGAAAAAUCAACAACUCAAUUUUGAAUGAAAGGGACAGCAAUCAAGUGGCAGAGGCGCCUCUUAAAUUCACGCGACUGCUCGUGCUUGCGGGCAUAGUAUACGUCCUUCUCUGAACUGAAUGACUAUUUAAAUACUUAACCUACAAUCACACGAUCUACAAAGUUAUCACGGGAUGUUCAGAAAUACGCCCUUAUUCGCUGAAUUGUAUUUUUAAAUGUUUCCAUUUCCAUAUAGCUUGUCUUGGCUGUCUAUGCCAAGGUCAAGGUGAGCUGUGUGAAUCAAUAACUCACGUUGUUUUUCUUAUUUUCCCGUGUUUCACUAGUGAAAAGAUUCAACAGACAAGCUUUUGUCAGCUGCAGCGUGCCCUUUGACCCCAGCCUCUCGUUGCUCAUUGAGAAAAGGUUGGUCGAGGAGCUGAGCAAGACAUAACUGUAAUCUGCUGCUAGUGGAGUAAAUGGCUGAAACACUGGGGUUGAUUGAUGGAGCGUGAAAGGAACGUGACUCACAGAAGAGAGGUUGCAGUUAUCGCCCCCUCCCCAGGGUCCCUGUUGUUACAACGUUUAAUAUGUAAACUUUAAAAAAAUUAAGCACCUUACUUUUAGUUUGCUGUUGAUAUGUAACUGUUACUUUAAAAAAUAAAUGCAAUUUGAAUUAUAG